CUUUAGUAGUGAAUCGAAAUUUUGAAGUUUAAUCUUUUCGGAAAAAAAUGGAUCAUGCAAGAAUUGAAAGUGAGAAAACAGAAGAAAUAAUGCUGCCAGGUUUCAGAUUUCAUCCAACUGAUGAAGAAUUAGUAGGGUUUUAUCUCAAAAGAAAAGUUCAACACAAACCUCUCUCUAUUGAACUCAUUAAGCAGCUCGAUAUCUACAAACACGACCCGUGGGAUCUUCCGAAGUUGGCAACUACUGGAGAAAAGGAGUGGUACUUUUACUGUCCAAGGGACAGAAAAUACAGAAACAGUGCAAGGCCGAACCGAGUUACCGGUGCCGGUUUUUGGAAAGCCACCGGAACUGACCGACCUAUCUACGCCUCCGAUGGCGGCUCUAAAUGCAUCGGCUUAAAGAAAUCUCUCGUUUUCUACAAAGGCAGAGCGGCCAAAGGAAUCAAAACCGAUUGGAUGAUGCACGAGUUUCGAUUGCCCUCGCUCAACGACUCGGUUUCUCCUAGUAAGAAAUAUUUGGACAAAAAUAUCCCUGCAAAUGUAAGUAGUGCAUGUAAUAAUUCUUGAUGUAUAUAUAUAUAGAAGUUAUUU